CCCAAAAACGUCCGCAUUGAGAGCACAAGUGGAGGCACAGACACACAUCCAUCAGCUCGAUCACCUUUCACUCCCAGAAACCACAAACUUCAUUCUUUUCGUCCGGCGGGACCGAGACGAAGUGCGUCCAAAACUUUAAGAAAAAAAAAUGGCGAAUGUUUUCAUUUUCAACAUUUGCCUGUUGUGGAUCAUGUCCGGUGUGGAGUCCUGUUCCGUACCGAGCUCCCUUCACGUACUGGUGCCAAAAACUAUUGAGCCCGAACACGAAAUCUCAAGAGUUGACGUCUCCGACUGUACCGGAUUUUCCACGAGUGAUCCCAGUUUUUCAGUAACGGCUAACGGACUGAUAGUAGCUUCAGCUCCUGCAGCGGUGACAGCAGAAGGGCGGACAUUUUCUGUGUGGGCUCAGCACAACAAUGGGCUGAGAAGUGAGAUGAAAGUCCACCUGGUCUACAACACACUGAAGGAGAGCCACACUGGCCAAGGCUUCCUGAAGCGCUUCAAAAGACGCUGGAGUCCUCCACCCUUCAACAUACUGGAAAAUGACAAGGGGCCUUAUCCGAAAGACAUUGAAACGAUCGUAUCAGAUUCGGAAGCCACGCACAACGUUUACUACACCUGCAGUGGACCUGGAGUCAAUGAGUAUCCAGCUAAUGUGUUCAGUCUCAACCGUCGCAGUGGAAUGUUGACUGUGCACCAACCAGUGGAUCGUGAGCAGUUUCCAGUAUUUAAAAUAUUGGUCAGUGUUUUUGACUCAAAUACACAUCAGCCAACAGACUUACCGUUGCCCAUCGAAAUAAAGGUAGAUGAUGUGAAUGACAAUGCUCCAGAAUUUGCAGGCCCAUUACAGUUUACAGUGCAAGAGCGAUGCAGUGCAGGGACCGUGAUUGGAAAGGUGAUUGCUACAGACAGAGACGAACCAGGGUCCCGCCACGUUUUGAUCAAGUAUAUCCUCUUGACUGGAUCAGACCUGUUUAAUAUCGAUGGAGCUACAGGUGUCAUCACCGCGGCAACCAACACCCUUGACAGAGAGGUAAAAGACAAGCAUUUGGUGACUGUACAAAUCAAAGACAUGGGUGGUGACGCAAAUUGUCUGUCCAGUACUGCAACAGCAACAAUUCAACUGACUGAUAUCAAUGACAACCCGCCGACUUUCACAAAAGCAUCUUAUGAUGUCAGUGUGCCAGAAAAUGAAGGUGAAAAACUUAUCCUUCGAAUUCCCGUCGAAGAUAAAGAUUUAAUAAACACGCCCAACUGGAUUUCAAAGUUUGUCAUCACUAAAGGAAAUGAAAAUGGAAACUUCAGGAUUGAUACUGACCCCAAAACAAAUGAAGGGCUUCUGUACGUCACAAAGCCCUUAGAUUAUGAACUCAACAAAAACAUAAAGCUUGAGAUUUCAGCACAAAAUGAAGCUGAGCUGAAUGGCACCACUGCCAAGUGGAUGUCCAUCCCUGUGGAAGUUGCAGUCACCAAUGUCGAUGAAGGCCCACAAUUCAGUGCUCCUACUGUCCGCUUCAUUGUCAAAGAGAACACACCAAAUGGCACACUGAUAGGAACAUACACAGCUGUAGAUCCUGAGACCAAGAGCAGCAAUGGCAUCAAGUAUUACAAGACCUCAGACCCAGCCUCAUGGAUCACUGUCGACAAAAAUACCGGAGAGCUGAGGGUUGCAAACACAAUUGACAGAGAGUCACAGUUCGUCAAGGAUGGAAUUUACAACAUCACCGUCAAGGCAGUUGAUGCUAGCUCCAAGACAGGUACAGGAACCGUCAUUAUUCAGGUGGAUGAUGUCAACGACAACGUGCCACAACUCCCCACCGAAGACUUGGUGUUGUGUGAGAAGGAAGGAGCUCUUGGCUCUGUCGUAGUUGUCGCUGAAGACAAAGACCAGCCUCCCUUAUCUUCCCCUUUCACCUUUGCCUUGCCUUCUGACAACGAUGGCAAAUGGUCUGUGUCGAGACUAAAUGACACAGCAGGUACGUUGCAGCAGAUGAAAGAGCUUCCUACAGGGAUAUACCAAGUUACCAUGAUGGUUACAGAUCUGCAGGGCUACGGUAGAGAACAGACGGUGAACGUAAGGAUCUGCCAGUGCAGGAAUGGAGUCUGCUUGGCCAAGGAUCGCUCUAUGUCAUUAGGGGGACUGGGUGUACUGGCUUUGCUGUUGCCUCUGGCCCUCCUCCUACUGCUCAUUCUACUUCUUGCAUUUUUCUGCUUGACAAGGGCAGAGAAAGUGCAACUUGAUGAUGCAGGAGACAGUGGUGGAAUUCUGCUCAAAUCAAACACAGAGGCCCCAGGAGACGCAGUGGAUUCCAGUCUCAUUGUUCCCCCUUAUGAAACGGCAGCAAAGGGCGAUGUUAAGAAUACUAUGCUGAAUGCAGCAUGGCCAGGGAACAAGAGCUCGAGCACAAUCGGAGCCAAUAGCAUUCACGAGAAUGGGCUUUACAAGGGUGGCAUUUCCACGACUAAUAUGCAAGAGUUCUAUUCUGGCCAGUAUGAUAGCCAGUAUGAUGCUCAGUAUGGAGGUCAGUAUGGAGGUCAGCUUCUUGGAAGCGGCGUGAACUUUGACAACAGACAAUUUGCCCAGGACGCAGCUUUUCUUCAGACCUGGCAAACAAAUGGCCGCUACCUAAACCAGAAGCUGGGAUAUCUGGGAACAGAGGAGGACAGGCGAUAUGCGGACGACAUCAUCCACUCAUACGGCUACGAGGGGGCGGGUUCUGCUGCCGGCUCCGUGGGAUGCUGCAGUGACAAUGGCGAAACCGAUAACCUCGACUUUCUAAACACACUGGGGCCAAAGUUCAAAACUCUCGCAGACGUCUGCAGAAAGUCGUGAACAAUGACACUUCAGAAUAAUAGUGUUUACUUUUGGCUGUACAGGAUGUAGAGGCCUCUGAUCUGAGUGCUUGGUAUGCCCCUGAACAUGAAUGAGAGAAAGAACCAGAAGGUGGUGUGAGUGUGUGCACGCAAGGCUGAUAUUGCUUUUUGUCGUUUUGUUCCUUUGCUGCUUUUUGGUAAAAGUCUUUUGCACUGAAAACUAUGCUGAUGCAGUUAAUUGUACAUACUGUGUGUUGUGUAUUACUGUGUAUUAAUACGUUGUUUGCUAUUAGAGUCUUUGUUUUGCAGGUUCAGACUGGUUUUUGUGACGGGCUGAGGGUUUGUAUCGGUUGGUAACAAUUUGGUUUAUGUUUUUUUAAUCAUUUGUAUUCAGAGUAAAUAGCACAGUUUUGCAAUCAUGUGGUUGAUUUAGUUUUUUAAAAAAAUGUUUACAGUUUUUUAAAAUAUAUUUGUAAAAAUUGUCAAAAAAAUUACACUAGUACAACUGCAUCGAACAUAUUUCACACUACAAUGUUUCCUUUAAAAUGACGUGCUUAUAAAUAUCAGUCUUAAACAAUAAUUUUCACUGACUUGUAGCAGUUUUUCAAACCAUACAGUAAUUGUGCAAACACAUUCCAAUGCAGCUUCUGACCGUCAACUGGGCGUAGUUGCAGCCCUGUGUCAGUGAGGUUAUUGCGACAUUCUGACAGUAAUCCUGUGAAAGUCAGCACAAGGGCGUGAAUGGGAGGAGUGAGGUGUUACUGACAUAGCCUGCAAUUGUCUGAAUACAAUUCUGACUAGAUAUGAGCAAAGAGAAAUGAUUCAGAAAGAUGCCAAUGAACUUGCUAACGAAAGGGGAUCUGGUUCCCAUGUCUGUAUAAUAGGCUGUUGAAGUUGUAAUUAAGAUGUUUCUCAUGUUGACUUUUUCUACUGUAGCAGUUGUAAUUUUGUCUAAUUUAAAUGAACUAUAAUUUCAAAUAAGAUUUCAAUAAUACAUUUAACAUUGAACAUGCUAGAAAACAAAGUGAACUGUAACACCAAGAAGCACUCAAGACGUUGCUCACAGAUCCCAUGUUACAGCAUGCUUUUUGUAAAUGAACAUUAAGCUGUAAAAUAAACAAACGAAAACA